GGAGAGAGCUGGAGGAGGUGGAAGUGGAAGCCUGGCAUGAGGCCCAGGUAACCCCUCCCUGCUCUUGGGGCCUGAAGCUCCUUCAGACGAGAUCCUCUCGGAGCUGGAAGGUUGCUGGACUCCAGGAUGGAUGCCGUGCGGAAAAGUUCCAUUGGGGAAUGCCCCGAUCCGCUUCUGAGCAAGGGGUCGAAGCACACGCCUCCCAGCAUAGUCAUCCAAAUAGAGCCCAAAACUUUUUCCCAGAUGAAGCUGCCCUACAGCAUCCUCCUCACCACCCUCCUGUACUGUGGGGAGUUUGUGUCGGCUGCUAUCCUGAUGGCCUCUUACAGACGUUCCGACGACCAGUUCUGGCUUCUCAUGACCCUCUUCUUCAUGCUGAUGCCCGCCAUCGUGGACCAGCUCACCCUCAUCUUUGUCCACCGAGACAUGACCAGCGACAAACCCAUGGUCUUGUGUAUGCACCUUCUCUUACUGGGUCCUCUCAUCAGAUGUCUGGAGGCCUUGAUGACCUACUGCCAGGUGGGGUCUGAGGAAGAACCGUAUGUCACCAUCACACGCAAGAAGCGUCUCCACAAAGACUCGGCGGUCGAGGUGGAACAGGAGGUGGGCCAUUCGCUACGCAGGUUGAUCACCCACCGCAACGCCUUCAAGCGCAUGGCUGUGAUCCAAGCCUUCCUGGGUUCCACCCCACAGCUCACACUGCAGCUCUACAUAAGCGUUGUUGAGCAGUACGUACCCGCCAACAGAGCAGUCCUGAUGGGCAUCUGCUUAGUGUCCAUCACCUACGGAGCUUUGGUCUGCAACGUCCUGGCCAUCCAGAUCAAGUACGACGACUACAAGAUCCGCCUGCGUCCGCUGGCCUUCAUCUGCAUUAUCCUGUGGCGCAGCUUGGAGAUCUCUACCCGCAUCACCAUCUUGGUUUUUUUCGGGAGUGUCUUCAAGCAUUAUGCAUUGGCCGUUGGCGCGGCCAACUUACUGGUGUUCUUCUUUCUACCCUGGGUUCAGUUUUGGCAGAGCGGCGCCCAGCUGCCCGACCACGUGGAGAAGAAUUUCAGCCAGGUGGGCACGAUCUCCGUGCUGUGCUUCAUCACUUUGCUGUAUGCUGCCAUCAACGUCUUUUGCUGGUCGGCUGUGCAGCUCAAUCUGUCCGACCGAGACUUGAUCUCCAAAUCGCAAAGCUGGAACUACUUAGUUGGUUACUAUGUGUUUCGGGGGUUGGAGAACAGUGUGUUGCUCGUCCUCUGGUACCUCUUCAAGAUAGACUUCUACGAAUACUUCUGCAUGCCCAUGCUGGUGGUGCAACUCAUUGUGACCUACUGCUUGGCCAUUGCCUUCAUGCUCUUCUUCUACCAGUAUUUUCACCCAUGCCGCCGCCUCUUCACACACAACAUCUCUGACUUUUUGCAGUGUGUCUGUUGCAAGUCCAAUUCCAGUCACCUGCAGCCUCCCCAUGAGCCUGGCAUUAGGCACAGCAUAGUCUGAUGGGAGGGACGUAAGCGGAUUCUAAGCCGAGCCUGCCAAAAUAGUGGUACGGGCAGUGCCUCUUGCCUUUGCCAUCCAGUCACACCAGGGAGACAGGCCUUAAUUCCAUGGUGCUAAGCUUUAUAAACAGGGCUAGUUUUCUUAUGGAUCGUUUGAACUGGUACUGUAGGCUCACUGGGUGAGCAAGGAGGUCCAGUUUCCUGCAGAGGUGGGGAGAAGAGGCUCUACAGGCACAUGCAGUAGAGGCUAUUGUACAUUGACAAUGAGUGUCUUUGGCUGAGAGAGGUACGCAGAAGAAGAAUUUUUAGAUGACGGUUUCUGGCAUAUUUGCUCUGGUUGCAUCCAGUUGCAAAAUACCCACCAGGUCUGGUGGAAAAGUACUGUGGAUCAGCUUAGCCUAGGGUAUAACGGGAGACACUUCUGAAAGCUAGGGAAUCCUCCUGAAGUUUAGCUCCUGCAUCAAUGUCGCACCGCAGCCUUCCUCAAUUCAGACAACAUUGUGGCCCUCGCCAUUUUUCAAGUGGCCCGAACUGAUAAGUUAUAUCAUAUAUAACUCUGUAUUUAUUUAUUUGUUGAUCUGAAAAUGGACGUGUUUUACAUUCAAAAUGCCAGGAAGUGUCCUGCAUUUAAAAAGAAUCCUGCUG